AUGUCUACAAUACAGCAACUCAAGAACUUUAUUCGCCAUGGCAAGCAAGCUCGGACGACAAACACCGACGAGGCCCAGAGGAAAAACGAACCGUCGCCGCCCCAAUCUCAGCCUGUCCCCGUGCCCACCAAGGCCAUGCCUCCUCCGCAAUCAGAGCCUGGCUUCGGCGCUGCACCUGGCCACGCGCAGCCACUGCCCGACGCGUACUCGACCGCCCCUGGCGACGCAGUGAAUCGGGCCGCUCGCGCCGACGGCGUCGCCGCUGCCCACGAGCAGGACAAGCAAGCCCUGCACCACCGCAACUCAGGCAAGGGUAAGAGGAUCGACGACGUGGCCAAAUUGGUCGCCGAAGAGAAUGCGAGCCGGAGCAAAUUCCCCAGGUACUCGGGCCUGGAGCGGUGGGAAUUGCUGGAAAAGAUGGGCGACGGCGCCUUCAGUAACGUCUACCGCGCACGGGAUCUCGAAGGAGACGCCGGCGAGGUUGCCAUCAAAGUGGUCCGCAAAUACGAAAUGAAUAGCAUGCAGAGAGCGAACAUUUUGAAGGAGGUCCAGAUCAUGCGCCAACUCGAACACCCCAACAUCAUCAACCUCAUCGACUUUUCCGAAUCCAAACAGUACUACUACAUCAUUCUCGAGCUCGCGCCAGGCGGCGAGCUCUUCCACCAAAUCGUCCGCCUCACUUACUUCAGCGAGGACCUGUCGAGACACGUCAUCGUACAAGUGGCCAAGGCUCUGGAAUAUCUCCACGAGGUCAGAGGCGUGGUGCAUCGUGACAUCAAACCGGAAAACAUUCUCUUCAACCCGAUACCCGUCAUCCCUUCUAAGCACCCAAAACCUAAACAGCCCGGCGAUGAGGACAAGGUCGACGAGGGCGAGUUCAUCAGGGGGGUUGGUGCUGGCGGCAUCGGUCAGAUCAAGAUCGCCGAUUUUGGCUUGUCUAAAAUCGUCUGGGACAACCAGACCAUGACACCCUGUGGCACCGUCGGUUACACCGCUCCCGAGAUCGUCAAGGAUGAGAGAUAUUCCAAGUCUGUUGACAUGUGGGCCCUGGGCUGCGUGCUAUACACACUGCUGUGCGGCUUCCCGCCUUUCUACGACGAGAGCAUAGAGGUUCUUACGGAAAAGGUGGCCAAGGGCCAGUACACGUUCCUUUCACCAUGGUGGGAUGAUAUAUCGUCGUCAGCCAAGGAUCUCAUCACCCACCUUUUGACCGUCGAUCCUGACAAGCGUUAUACUAUUACGGAAUUCCUCGCACAUCCGUGGAUCAAAGAAAGCGAGACUCCGGGUCUUCAGAAGAAACCUCAGCUCACCGCGGAUGGGAAACUACGUGCUUUCGAUGCGACCAAGCUCCAGGAUGGUGAGAAGCGUUACGACUUCCGCUCACCUGGCGCUGUCAACCUGCGUGAGGUCUUUGACGUCACCUAUGCUGUACACCGGCAAGAGGAAGAGAACAAUCGACGGAAGCAAAUUGGUUCCAAGGCCGCUGGAGUUUCCCGUUUGGCUGGUCUGAACGAGUCCGACGAGGACGACGACAUGCCUGACGUCGACGCGCCCGAUGCACGCAAUGGAGGUACUCAGGCCCUCGAGCAGAGCAUGCGGAAUGCCCAAAUAAGCGCCAGCGAGCAACGGGGUAGGGAGCGUGAAAGAAGGGCGCCAGAAUCAAAAGGGUACGGGCAACAUUCAGCCGCAGUAACCGCUGCCGCGAGACAGCAAGUCAAGGAUCGCAACCGACAGAAGGGUGCUUUCGAGCUGAGCCUUGAUGGUGCUACCCUGCUGGGUAGACGCGGAAGGAAGCAGCCUGCUGCACAGGCGGCGUAG